UCCUUCUCAUGUCUCGUGUUGUGUCUGGGUCGGGCGUCUCGAAGAGACACUCGACUCGUAUUCGAGCCAUGCUCCAGGUAUGGUUUGGUCUCGUUUUCUCUUCUUCUUCUCUGCGGUCCCCUCCAUCCCGCACCUCGAGACUCGAUCACAACACGCUCUGAGGGUCUGUCCCCUCUGCGUCCGGUUAUCUCAAAAAACCUCUUCUCAGCCCCCAAUAACCCGGACUCAGACUGCUCCUCCCAGACCACGCACACAAGCGCAGUCUGGCAGAGCCAGACCCUCCCCACCACCACGAAAGCGAAGCUUUCGUGGUUAAUCACUAACUAGACUUCUCAUUCGCCAUACUGAUCUCAU